GCGUUGAGUCAGUUCGCCGGAGCUCUGCCGACUGGAGGGAUGUGACCCCGGAACAGGACGCCCUCCUACAACAACACACCAUUCAAACAGAGAACAGAAGAAAGAAAAGCUGGACCAGGAGGGAGCCACAGGAGCAGGGGGGAUGAACCGCGAGGAGGCCCCGGGGAAGUCUCCUGAAGACAUGUACAUCCAACAGAAAGUGCGGGUCCUGCUCAUGCUAAAGAAAAUGGGAUCAAAUCUUACACCGAGUGAAGAAGCUUUUCUCCGGAAUUAUGCAGGUGUGGUCCACAGUCAGAUGAGCCAGCUACCACAGCACAACAUAGACCAGGGUGCAGAGGACGUGGUCAUGGCGUUCUCGCGGUCAGAGGCGGAGGACCGGCGCCAGUGACCUCGGGCGCGCCCUCACCCUCCAUUCCACACCAAUUCAUAUCGCCCUACCCACUUUCCCGCCCCACACGCGGUUCACGAACAACCCAAACUCCACAAACACGACACUGAUGAGCUCAGGAGAGAAGGAUCAGCUGGAAGGAAAUGAAGAGGAGGGGAAGAGACUCCAGGAAGUGGCUGCCUCACUCUCCCCCCGCCUCCUCCAUCCAUGGCUCCUCCUCACACAAGCUGGCAUACCAUUACCCUAGAUGCCCUCUUGUGCUAACUGUGGGUUUAAAGCCUAUCAAAGAAGGCCGUCAGUGAAAACACUCACAGAUUGUGUGGAUGAAUAUCAAAUGUAGUUUUUUUUUUUGUUUUUUUGGGGGGUAGGAGCGUUGGUUUUGUAUUAUUUUGUCUGUUUUGAGACUUUAGGCAGUGUUACGUGUUAUAUCUGCUGAGGUCACCGGAGGAAAUGACCAAUCAGCAGCUGAUUGAAGCAAAGAAAAUAUAGUUUUGGUCAAGCAGCGAGUGUGAGGAAUAAUUGUGUUAGGGGAAAGGUUUAGUUGUUUCUGUUUACCCUAACUGGGCUCAUUUUAUUUUUUAUUUUUUUGGUUUAGCUGUUGAGUUAUAAAGGCUUUUGUAAUCCGUCAUGAGAGGGGCCUCAUUUAUAAACAUAUCGGGUAUAAAACAGGAAGUGAUGCAUACACAGACGUUUCUGGAGAGCGUCAACAGGAUUACUGAAUCUCCACACGCAAGGCAUAGUAGAUUAUUUGAAACUUGUAAAUCAUUCAUUCACAAUUAAUUUAACUUAAAACUACAUUGUGGCUGGUUUAUUGAUCUCCUUUUUGCAGCAUAAAGUCAGAUGAAUAUUUGAAUAAUUGGGCUUUUUAUCAUUCAUUGCUCGCUGCUCUUUAGACUUGUUGUCUCUUUUUGGUCAAACCAGAUUUAUGAACCAAAUAACAAAACGAUUAAGUCAAACUUACUUAAGAUCUGCAACAAUUUCCCUCUGUAGCAUUUUUCUGUGGAUCUACAGUCUGCCCUUUAGUUCAAGUACAAAAACUAGAAUAAUGUGCUGAGAGAUGUGUGAACACUCCUUAAGUCCUUCAUUUAAAAUGAUGCGACUUAACAUGGCAGAAUCAAAUGACCAGUGUGGUCCAGAAAUUUAAAGCGGUAAAACCCUUUUCUCCACACGUUUUUAUAAAUGAGGCCUCUCUCGCUCUUCUGCUGCUUUAUUUGAACCAUACGCUGUUAAGAGUGCAAACUUGCUUUUCUCUCGAGGAAAGCAUAAGAAUUUAAGACACUAGCAGAUAUAAUCACAUGAAACUACAGGUGUACACAUUCUCCCAAAACAAAUACUACUUUAGGCUUGUUGUAACAUGUAAAACCUUUUUUUUUUAUUGUACAGAUAGGUGGGAAAAUACAAUAAUGAAUUGAGUGUGCCAUUUGUAUUUUUUGUUGUUUUUUUUAUCUGUAACAUAAAAUUAACAUUAAUGAUUAGAGACGGCUAUUGAUGUAAUUUAUUGUUUACUGAAUCAACUCCCUGUUCCUUGAAGGCAUCAUUAAAAAUGGAGAGCCAGUAGAUAGUGAAAGUCUGACAUGAGUCCCUCCUUAAAGGCUGUUUGUUCACACUAAAACCACAAACUCUAAUUUUGAACAAUUUUUAAAUGAAACAUGUGAAGCAAACAUAAGAACUGUGUGCUAUUUCUGACUGUACUGUGUGUCUUGCACUAUCAUCGAUGAGAUAUUUGCAAAAAAUACAUUUUGAUUUUUAGCACAGAGAUUCUAUGUUUGGUUUGGGGGGAAAAGUUGUUACCAUUUUUGUUUAUAUAGUUAUAAAAAAAAAUCUCUGUGAUAAUUGACUAAACUGGAAUAUCUAAAACGAAUAUUUGUUAAUACAGGACAUGUUUUUCUAGUGACAUGAUCAAUAUUUAAUGUGUUUUCAGUACAGUUUGUUAACUUGUAUAACUUAAAAAAAUUGUAACGUAAUGUUUUAAAGCCAAGCAUGUCUGCCUCGUGGUUUAAAAUGUUCAUUCAAGUGGAGUCGAGGAUCUUUGAAUCCUUGCCACAAUGACAUUGUUUGUAAUCGUCUGUGGAAGCCAUGAGCUCUUUUAAAAUGUAAAAAAAAAAAAGAUCUUUUUUUUUCAGUGGAUUAAGUGUUAUCUGUUAAAUCUUGUUGGCAAUAACUUCUUUUUAAAUGUCCUCAGCUUUUAUCAUCGCAACAUAAUAUGCCAACAGAUGUGUCACACUGUCCGCCUAUGACAAAGACAUUUGUCUUUUUAUGUUUACUUUUGUUUUAAAACUUUUUUUAUUUGUCUAUGCAUUGUUUUUCUUUUUUUUCUCUAAAAGGCGUCUUACUGUACAUUUGACCUAUCAGGGUUGUUUUGCAGCCUUCGUUCAAGUUGUGGAUGAAUGUGUGUGUGAAAGCGUGUGCGUACGUGAUCACCAGUUAACUUGCUAUGAUUUUGAUUUUCAGCAUGCUGUUGACUUUGAUUAGGAUCAGUGUUUCUUUUUACUGUGAUGACCUGACGUUGCCUAAUUGUCCUUUUUUUUUUUGUUUUGCCUUUAAAUUGUAUUUUUCUCUCAGUCAACAUUGAUUAGUUGGUUUCGUUUUGUAUGGCUGCUGACCAUGUCUUGACUUAAUGCUUCCAAAUCCUAUACCAACUGAACCAUUAAAGAUAUUUUAAACAAUGA